AUGAUGCGCCUUAUCUUCGGCAGAGGCGCGGCAGGCAAGAAGGAGGACGACACGCCGAUCGUCCCUGCCGACCCCAGCGCCACUUCGGACUUGGCCGAGGCAAUCCAUCGGAACAAGGAAGCCAUCGAGACGCUGGAGAAAAGGCAGCAACACAUCGAAAACAAGAUCCGCAUCCAGGAGGCCGCUGCGCGAGAGCGAGUGGCGUCAGGCGACCGCCGAGGAGCUCUGCUCUGUCUGCGCCGAAAGAAACUCUUUGAACAAGAUCUGGAGCAAGUGCUCACAUCUCGGCUAACACUCGAAACACAAAUCGUCACUCUUGAGGCGGCCCACACUCAGCAACUCGCCGUUCAGGCAAUUGCCGGAGCGGCAAAGGCACAUCGAAAUUUCAGCCAGAAACUGAGCAUAGGGAAGAUUGACCGCCUCCUCGACGACAUCCAGGAGCAACAGGACCUCCAGCAGGAAGUAACGCAGGUUCUCGCCCAGGGCCUUCCCCCUUUGGACGAUGCGGAGCUGCAGCGAGAGUUGAAUGCGUUGGAGGCGUCGGAAAUCGAGAACCGCGUUCUGGAGACUGCAUGCAACGCGCCGUCAGUCCCCGUCGACGACCCCACCCUUGCCGUGCCCACGCUUCUCCAGUAUCCGCAGCCCUGUUCUCCCGGCCUUCCUGUCGAGCAAGCGACACGGGACGCACAGCCCCUCUCCUCGGGUUUCGUCGCCCACGUGGCCAGCGGGCUCUCCUCCGCGUGUGCUGCUCCCGUCGCGACCGCGGGUCCCGGGAUGCGCCAGCAUGGCCUUCAUCGCCUGUCUACCUACUCGGCAUGUACCCCUCUUCCGGCGUUUUUGCGUGCGUCCGCCUCUUCUCAGCGCCUGGUGCAGGUUCCCAGUGAAUGCCGAACAAAGGUUCCUCUCAACUCGAUGGAACCUGCGACGGGACAGCCGUUUCCUCUGGAAAACGGAGCGAGCAGUCAAACCCGCGGCGGCCUUCGCAGUGGCUCCACGAGCGCGUCUCUGUUCUCUCUGCGCUCUCCGUCCGCUCACCACCCGAGCCCGUCGCCGUACGCAUCCGCUCGCACGCAGUCCCCGUCUAGCCGGUCCCAGUUCCGCGAGCAGUUCCUUCCGACAGAAGCAGGUCCAAGCCACGAAAGUCGCUUCCUGGACCAGUACAGAGAUCGACCGAGUAAGGCGGAGAGAGCAGCGGCAUGGACCGGAGAGACAAGAGCGCACGAGAGCUUCACUUUCGGGCCUGCGCGGGGACCGACGCUUCUCGAUGCGCCCGACUCUGCACAACGGAGUCGAGAGACUUGGAGUGACGAGGAACAGUUGAGGCUCCUCAUGGGCCAGCUGGGUCCGUGA